AUGGCUCUUGAGGAGGAGCGUGCAACACAAAGAGACCUUCCAGUCGCUCAAACAGAUGAUGUUCAGCCAGUACAGCCUCUGACUGCCUCGCAUCUCCUCGAGGUUGUCGAGUUCGUGGAGCCACCCCCUGGCUUGGCUGGUCUUGAACCCGUGGCCAUGUCGCAGAGCUAUGCCCCGAUUGAGGAGCCGGAGCUUUUCUGGGGCUGUGAACAGACGCAGAUCUACUCCGCUUCACUCCUGCUGGCACACCGUGAUCUGGCUUUGACAGCCGAUCUGGGUCCGCCAGGUCUGGAGCACCCCGCCAUGGACGGCCUGAGAGCAGAGGAGGUGCCAGAUGUGAUUUCGCGGAAAAUCUGGCGGCCACGGAAACUUCAGGCUCAACGGCUUCACCGGAAGCGGCAGAACAAACGACAGCCCAAAGCGGCAGCUGCUUGA